UUCCGCACCGUCACUGACGCCGGCCACUUUCAUUAUUCCCGAAACAAAUAAAACAAUGCCGGUCGCCGGAACGCGGUACCAAGACAGCGGUGCUGUCACCUCCUCCCCCAAGAGCCGGCUACCCCCUCCCGCGGACCCUGCCAACACGUCCGCUCGGGUUAGUGGGAAUCUGAACCUCAACCCCCCCGCAACACUCCGUGCUGGAACAUCAAACUCCGGCUGGAUGUCUCCGAAGAGCGGGCGGGACAAGGACACCAGUGCGGAGGACGAAACGGACCAAGAAGGAGCCAACGGGCGAAGAUCUUCUACUACCUCAACCGCGGGUGGUGGACCUCUCGCGCUGAGUCGGGGCCCGAGCGGUCGGGGGCUUCCGAUUUUGCGGAAAGGCCGGAGCAGUGGGAACAUCGGGGGCAGGAAUUGCGAUGGUUCGGCGGAUAUCGAAUGUAAAAAUGUCUGGGUAAGUCUGGAAGGGUCAUGCUGUUUCUGCAUGACACAGAAGGUCUGACAUGGAAGCUCUAGCAUCACAGGUUUCGAGAAGCAAGCUUCCGCAAUGGUGAAUCCGCAUGACAAAUCCCCCAUUUUGGUGACAGAAAGUGAGCAGCUUUUGCUGCCUAUGCAUCAGAGAUUUUUGUGUGUUCUGAAAUGCGCAUCACAAGUUACAUCCUUCCAGACCCAGACAUUUUUACAUUUGAUAGCGGACGAUGACGAUUUUCAGCAGAAUUUCGGGACGAGCUUGCUGUAUUCUUAAACUGAAGAUGAGUAAUCAUUGAUUCGCUUCUCACUUUCAAAAUGUUCUGCGGCCACAAGGUGACACAUUUUUUGGUAUGUGUCUGUCUGAAUGUUGUAUCGGCAACAUCCGCAUCUUCACCAGCUGGACGUCCUAGGCAGGCGCAGAUGCAGGUGGGCAUUCUUUACAAACUUGUGCAAGAACUGCAAAAGAAAUCAUGUUCUAUUUCUAUCAGGUUUUCGUCCCUGAACAUCGAGGAUAGCAUCAUCGUCGAAGAGGUGGAAGAGGAACUUCUCCUCCAGGACGAGCAGACCGAGGAGAUGCUCUCCGCACAGACGCUCUGGGCCCAGAGUCUGCUCCGGCUGAAACGCAGUAUCGACGAGCUGUACACGCUGUGCGAGUUCGAGUCGGACGUGUUGACCGCGAGCCAGGUGCAGGAGAUGCUGGGCCACGCCGCGAAAGACUUUGCGGACUUGCGGCAGCGGUUGGUGUUGCAGGAGCAGGCACUGGAGAUUCGCGAACAGGACGACGGUAUCAAAUGUAAAAAUGUCUGGGUCUGGAAGAUUAGAACUUGUCAUGCUAAAAAUGAAUGAUGCGAAAAUCUGUGUUGCGUGAGUACCAAAAGCCGUCCGCUUUUCACCAAGUUGAGAGGGAGUUUCUCAUGCAGGAAAGGCAUGAUAGAGACCUCAAAGAAUCUGUCAUGCUGGGUCUCGCAUUCCAGACCUCAUGGGUCAUGGAAAACCUGCAUCACAAAUCUUGCAUUCUUCCAGACCCAGACAUUUUUGCAUUUGAUAGACGGGGUAGUGCAGCAACAACUACCUGGGGAACAAAGUGGUCACAACGCGGGUAUUGCAAAUACGACAGCUGGCGCAGGAGAGGAAACUAGUGCAGCCGGCGUCGAACAAACUGCGAAGCCGCCAGCUGCUGCGUCCACGACAGCUCCGGCGGAACAAGCUACAGCCACUGCAACCGGUCGUGCGUCCGUUGCCUCCGCUGCAUCUGCAGCAGGUACUAACGCGUCAUCUACAUCGGUGCAACACCAGAACGUCAGCAGUAAGCUGAAACUGGUAGAGGAGGGCACGACGAAAAUCAACAGUUCUUCUGGCGCGAUCGCCUGGGAAUGGAAACCGUCGACCGACUCGGAAGCGUUAUAUGGAUUGCAAAAAUGUCUGGGUCUGGAAGAAUGCAGGAGUUUGUCAUGCAGAUUUUGCAUGACCCAUUAGGGCUGUGAUGCAUGCCCUAGCGUCAGAGAUUUUGCGAGGGCUUUCUGAUGCUCAUACCGCAUGAGAAAUGACCUCUCCGCGUAACACAAAUUACACCUCUUUUGCUGUUCAUGCAAUACAGUUUUUAUGUAGAUUCCAAAAGUAGCGCCAAGGGUUGCGUCUCGCUAUCAGGGUUUCGCCAACUCCGCGGGGGCGUUGCGGGUAUCUCCCUAAAACACCAAAACCGGCACAAAUUGGGCCGGCAGUCCGGGUAAUUGCUCACCAGCCGGCUUGUAUGGCGAAGAAGGUGCUCGACGAAGGAAGAAGUAAGCAUGUAAUUAGCACCUCCGGUUGGUAGAGCGAUCGGCUACCGAGGCACGUCAGGGUGGCGUCGCUACUUCAAUUCAAAUUCCAAAAGUAGCAUCACAAGUUGUAUCCUUCCAGACCCAGACAUUUUUACAUUUGAUACGUUAGGGAAAGCGUUGAAUUUGUUUGGGAAGAAGGGCUCCCCUGUGAAGGAAGGACCUGUACCAAAUGUAAAAAUGUCUGGGUCUGGAAGAAUGCAACUUGUCAUGCUAAAUCUGCAGCAUGCAAAAAUCUGUGUUGCAUGAUUACCAAUAGUCGUCCAGUUUUGAUCAAGUCGGGAGGGAGUUUCUCAUGCAGGAUAGGCAUGAGAAAGGUCUCGCAGAAUCCGUCAUGCUAGGUCCUGCAUUCCAGACCUCAUGGGUCAUGGAAAAGCAGCAUGACAAAUCGCGCACUCUUCCAGACCCAGACAUUUUUGCAUUUGAUAACCUGUGAGUACCAACACGUCGUUGGUUUUCGGUGACGGGACAGGAAUUGUCAAUGAACAAGACGGAGCCGUUGUUCCUUCCGGAUCUCAGCCACUCACCCCGGGUUUAACACGGACCCCGACGUUGGGCGGAGUAGAGGGGUCUUCCGUGAACCUGGUAGCUGCGACAAAGAUGAAAAAUCCCAACAACAAUAUCGACAAUUGCAACAUCACGAAAAAGGAACCGAGUAGUACAACAACUUCUGCUGCGCAGAAAAUCAAGCCCGAGCACCAGCAUAAUUCCUCGCGGUGGGGAAAGCGCAAGGCGUGGGCGGACAUGCGGACCGAUGAUGAUACGAC